AUGAAACGUCAGUGGCAAAGCUGGGUGAAAGGUCACAGGAGCGGAAACUUAAGGGUCGCGGUUGCUAUGGUAUCUUUACUGGAAGUGUCCAGCCUCCUGCUUGUGGCUGCCCUUUGGGGAAUUACUAACCCAUUUUUGAAGAAAGGAACAGAAGGAAUUGAAAAGAUUGAGAAAAGAAACCGAGUUGUGCAGCUUUUUUAUGAGAUUAAAUUUCUUUUUCUCAAUUACAAGUGUCUCAUUCCUUUCCUUCUAAACCAGAGUGGAUCUGUCGUCUACUAUUUAACUUUAAGAAGUGCAGACCUUUCCUUGGCUGUGCCUCUUUCAAACUCGCUUGCAUUCUUGUUUACUUUACUGGCUGGAAAAGUACUUGGAGAAGAUAUUGGGGGAGCACGUGCAGUACUUGGGAUGUUGCUUACAGUAGGAGGGACUGCUUUGUGUGUAGCAAGUUCUUUGUCUGAAGGAAGCUGAGAUAAUAGGUGGCAACCCAGGCUGAACCUCAUGACCUGCUGUGCUGGUCCAGGUAGAUGCAGCAAACACAGGGAGCUGUUGUGGCAGUGUGAGAAUUUAUACCCCUCUACAAGUUCUGUUCAUCGAGCGAGGCUCGCAAGACUUCAUCCCAGAAUAAGGAAUGGAGGACCUAUUUGCUACACUCUGGAAUAUUUCCAAUGGACUGACUUUCCCACCUGGAUUAUAGCAGUUCUGGUUCUCAUCACAGGUCAUAUUUAUAGAAUCAACUGCAUUUGUUAAUCAGAAUUGUGCAUUUCAGAAAAACAAUGUUUUAACAUGUCUGCAUCUGCUUCUAGUGUGACAUGCUAAUCAUGCUGUGCAUAUGCAAAUGCACAAACUUGGCACAUAUUACGUAAUUCACCAUGUCUUAUCAUAUGACUCCUGUUUUGGCAGCAUCCUUCUCUCACACUAACCUACAUUUUUGAGCACCUCAAGUCUGUAUAUAUAUGUAUAUGUACAUAGGUAGUACUUUAUACGAUUUCUACAAUAAGUUUGUCUUUUUCUUUGCAUUAUGUGCUUCAAUACUGUUUGUUGUGAUAUUCCUUUUGAAGUGUAUCUAUUUAUAGCAUGUUUUUAGUUUGUUGUUAUUUUGUUGUACUGUGCAACCUGGGCUAGGCCUGCAAGUGGACAAACUUCUUCAGUGCCCUACCCUGGUAAACAAAUAUAAAUAAAUUCUUCUGAUGCUGUGUGAA